AUGCACCCUGCUACCUCAUUGGCCACAGCAGUUCGCACUCGCACACUCUCAACGUCCCGCACCCCACCCUGCCGUGGUCACUGGCCGUCCCCCGCUGCCCAUCCCCACCUCCCAAUACCGCUGGCCUGGCCCUCAUCGCUCAUCCACCUCACCUUUUCCCCGUACAGCAUCCAUCCAUCCAGCGCCCUCCCGUUUUCCUCCUCUCCACCCACCCGCAUCAGCUCACUCCUCACAGGGCUGCCUAGAGAUUAUCCUCCAUCCAACAUUUUCCUCCCCCCCACCCACAAUCCCUCCCUCUUCCUCAACCCCAAUCCUUCCCUCCCCUCCACCUCCCCACCCCCAAUCCCUCCUUCCCCUCCACUCCCCUUUCCACCCGCAUCAGCUCCCUGCUGGGCAUCAAGCUGCGCUGCCCCGCGCGCCCCGCCGACUCCUGCUGCCCGGGGUGCCUUCAGAGCGACCUGCCCUUCUGCUCCCUCCUCUGCCCCGACUUCUGCCAACAAUGCAAACCACCCCCUCUCCUCCUCCUCCUCCUCCUCCUCCUCCUCCUCCUCCUCCUCCUCCUCCUCCUCCUCCUCCUCCUCCUCCUCCUCCCUCCCUCCCACUGUGCUCCCCCGCCCUCUGUGCCCCCCCCUACUCUCUCACCCCCUUUUGCCUCCCCUGCAAGCAGCGUGGGAGAGGGAGCUGCUGGUGGGCUUCAGGAGGGAGCUGCUGGGGGGCUUCAGGAGGUACACGUGGAGGGAGGUGAUGGAGGCGACCGACCAGCUGAGCCCCGACAACCUGCUCGGCAAGGGCGGCUUCGGCUCCGUCUACUGGGGCGUCAUCGGCGGGUCACAGCAGAGCGGGUGGAGCACAGGGGUGUGGAAGCGAGCUGAGGCUAGCUGGAAAGAAGCAAGCAGCGGCAUGCACAAGGGGAAUGGGAUGAGCGGAGGGAGUGGGACGACGAAUGGGGGGAGUGGCACAAGUGUAUGUAGUGGGAAAAGUAUGGGGAGCGUUACGAGUGCAGGCAGCAGGAACAUUGCUUCUGUUGCUCCUGCGGACGGCAGUGCCCCAGGGGUGGGCGGCAGUGCUCCCAAGGUGGGCGGCGGUGUGCGUGUGGUGGUGGGUGGUGGCAUGGAGGUGGCGAUCAAGCGAGUUGCUGUUGUGGAGCGAUCGUCCAACGUCGCCACCAUGUUUGAAGAGGAGGUGCGCGGUGCGGUGAAGGCGGUGUCCAAGUUGAGCCACAAGAAUCUCGUGCGCUUCCUCGGCUACUGCAACGAGAACAACGAGCAGCUGCUUGUGCGCAACCGCACGUCUGUGCUUGUCCCUAAACCACCCCACCACCCUCCCUCCCCCCCCUAUGUGCGUGAAGGCCCUCUGAGCGACCACCCGUACGAGAAGGUUGGUGGGCACCUGCUGGCCUUUGAGUUGUCCCAUUGCAACCCCCUUCCACCGGGUGUUGGUGUGUUGGUGUACGAGUAUGUGCCCAACGGCGACAUCAGCGACCACCUGUACGCCAAGUUCCAAGGGCACCUGCUGACCUUCGAGGAGCGGCUGGACGCUGCUUUGGGGCUGGCGAAGGGGCUCAAGUACCUUCAUUAUCAUGCAGAGAAGCCCAUUGUGCACCGCGACAUCAAGCCCUGCAACGUUCUGCUCACAGAGGAGUACCAGCUACGGCGUGCUGCUGCUGGAGAUGGUGACGGGGCGGCCAGCCACGGAGAGCGACCCAAACGACCAGAGCUGCAUCAAGCACAUCACCUCCUGGGUGAGCUGUCAUAUCCACGUCAGUGCAUGGAUGAGCUGGCACGUCCACAUCAGCACAUGGAUGAGCUGGCAUGUCCACGUCAGCGCAUGGAUGAGCUGGCACGUCCACAUCAGCACAUGGAUGAGCUGGCAUGUCCACAUCAGCGCAUGGAUGAGCUGGCACGUCCACAUCAGCACAUGGAUGAGCUGGCAUGUCCACGUCAGCGCAUGGAUGAGCUGGCACGUCCACAUCAGCACAUGGAUGAGCUGGCAUGUCCACGUCAGCGCAUGGAUGAGCUGGCAUGUCCAUCCGCCCCUCCGCCACCCCUCCCCGUCCCUUUCACCAUGCAGUGCUGUACCGCGAGCGUAGGAGAUUUGACAAUCUUCCCCCCUCCUCCCCCAAACCACCCUCCAGCAGGCUGUGCUGCGGUGCCAUACAUCAAUCGCGGAGAGAUCCGGGUGAUAGCGGACGCGCGCAUCGCCUCGCCGCUCAACCUGCCCUUUCUGCUACAGAUGGUGCGCACCGCCGCCCUCUGCGUGCAGCUGCCGUCCACGCGCCGCCCGGACAUGGCUGAGGUGGCGCGCGUCAUGCUGGACGCCCGCCGCACCUUCCAUGCCGCCGCCGUCGCCGCUGCUGCCGUCGCCGCUGCCCUUGCUGCCACUGGUGGUGCUGGCGGGCCGGGGGUGCAUGGAGGAGGAGCAGGAGCAGCUGCGGCAACGCACGUCUCAAGAGGAAUCCUGGGUGGGGGAUGGGCGCUGGGUGGGAAGGGGAGCCCCCGAGGAGCAGAGGUGGGGAGGAGUGGGCUUGUGGGUGCCAGCGGCAGGGCGUUGGGGAGUGAGAGCAUGAAGAGAUGGGUGUAUUACUUCGGCGGCGGGGGUGGAGGGCGGAGCAGGCAAGAGAGUGAGCAAUUUGAAGAGAUUGUCCCAGAGACUGGCUCAGUGAAGCCCGACAGUGGAUAUACGGUUACCACUGGUAACACAGCAACCAGCGACUCUGCUCGUGGAGAUAGAGACGUACCUUGA